AGGAAAUUAGGAGGUGGUGGCCUGGUGGGGGGGACAAACGUUGACGCGGCACCGAACGCCUCGCCUCCCGGCGACGUCAACUCGUUUGUCCGAUGGCGUCGCGCGGCUCCCGGCUCGCCGGCUCGAUCGCCUCCCCCACUAUAUCAUCUUCGCCCUCGCGCCACGCUUCGCUUGCAUUGCAUUGACCAAGCGAGGCCGCGCGCUCUAGUAGCCAUGGAGGCCUCGCCGUCACGCAGCGACAGCUUCUCGCAGUGCUGGCUCAGGCGGAAGGCGCGGGCGGCGGCUGGGUCGUUCGAGCGACUUGGCGGCGAGGGUGGCGUUGGCGACGGCGAUCUUGGGCAUUCGUUCGGUAGCUCUGUCGCUUCGUUCAUUGACAUGGACCCCGCGGAGCUCUUCUCGAUGCGGUGGACGUCGCUGCCAGUGGCGGCGGCGGAGGACCAGGAGUUCGACUUCGGCCUGCCGUGCGACGGCGCGCUGUGCUCCUCCCCGCUGCUGGUCGGCACCGGGCGCGUCGACUUCUCCGAUGACGGCCCCCUCCUCCCCCCGUGCGAGCCGGGCGUCGACGUGGCCCGGGACAGCACGACGACGUACGCCGACGUGUCGUCGCCGAGCCCGUCGUCGCCGCUGUUCCACUCCGCGCUGAGCACGCCGGCCUCCGUGAUCGCCACCAGCUCGCGCCGCGCCGCCGCCGGCGGCGCGGCAGGCAACAAGGCGAGGGCGCCGCUGCUGGCGACGAGGAGGAUCCUUCUCAGGUACCUCCGCUUCCUCGUGCCGCUCUGCCGGAAGGUGAGGUCGCUCCCGCUGCGCGUGCUCGCGCCGCGCUCCAGGGCGGCGGCCAGCCUCGCCGCGCCGUCGACGUCCCCGGCGCGGCGGUCCACGUCGAGCAGCUACGCCAGCGCGGCGGAGUACUGGUGCCACGGCAAUGCCGACACCGCCGUGCGCGACGCCAUCCUCUACUGCAAGAAAUCCAUCGGACAGGACAUGUAACUUCUAAUCACGAUCACUUGCAAGAACAAUCAAUGUGAUUGUUGGAUGGUAAAUCAGAGAGAAAGCUGGACACUUUGUCACCUUGAUUUCCUUGUUCUCUGGGGAUUUUGACCUGCAUGUGGUGUAUAUGCAUACAGUACUAUACUACUGUUACAGUGUAUAAGUUGAUGAACUUUGCUCCAAGGGGUUUAACCUUGUGAAGCUGUUUAAUUAGUUAAUUAUGGUGUUAGAACUUAGAAGAAGAUGUGUUUCUCCUGUCUUCUUCUACCACUUUGUGGUUAAAAUUGUCUAUCAUGUGCAUGCAUGUAUCAGGGCUGACAGGCUCCAAGCAUUAGGUUAACAAACGCUGCAUUAUCUGAUUAAUUUGUGGGAGAACUCGUGCAUUAUUGAGCUCAUCCCAACCCAAGAUGCUGACGGCUCACGACACAGAGUGCUUGUACUGUUGAUCUAGCCGGUAUUUCCCUUUCAUCUGCACCGC